CCCUAAUCAAUAGUCGAACUAUAUCGAAAUGGAAACAUAGGGUGUGAACAUUAGCAAAGAGAACGUUUGAAACGACUGACUAAUCAUUACAAGCGUCUAGUGUUGAACAAUUGAAUUGUUUAAUGAUUGUUAUCAUUAAUCAGUUCCUAAAAUUAUCUAGUAGGAAUAAAAGAAAAAUAGUGGUUGGACGUACGCCUUUACGUGCCGAAAACUGUGCAUUUAAUAAAUAACGACGAUUAUCACAAUGUUGAAGUAUGUAAGUAAUGUAACGUACGAUGAAGUUAUUGUGACAUGAAUUAUCUGAGCGCGGCGAUGGAUAGUGAAUGAAAAGUGUGUGUCCUAUUUUCGGCUUAACACAGAAUGGAUACGAUGCGGACCGUAAUCGCCCCAAUCCAAUACAUUACCUUGUUGGCCUGUUGUAUACCCCAGUCGUAUGUGUUGGAUGCACGAUACGUACGGCCAGAGGACUGCACAUGGGAACCAAUGGCCGACUCGGCGCGCGUCUCUAUGACGUGCGGGAUUCACGCAUUCGAAAGUGGCGCCAAUCCUACCAAUUUUUCACUUAUUGUGCCCUACCACAUCGAACAAUUGGCAGUCUGUUGCACAGGUGAACGACGCGCAUUUCAGAGGAGUCAUUUGGCCGAUAGUUCGUUCCGACACCUGCGUGGUCUGCGAUCUCUUACGAUCGAACGGUGUAAAUUUAACUAUUUGCCGCCACGCGCAUUCGAAGGGCUCAAAAGCCUUAGACACCUUACGGUGCGAACGUUCAGUAGCGACUCGGGAUAUCGUACGCCGCUCAAGGUUUCGCCGUCAAGCCUGACACCUCUCGAGAGCAUCGAAUCGCUUGACUUGAGCGAGAACAAUAUUGAAUCACUCAAUGCGGGACUGCUCUGUGGGCUGGAUCGACUAGCGUUCGUGAACUUAACAAGGAACAGUUUUUUUGACGUAUUUAGCAUGGGGCUGUCACUGAAUUCGCGUUGCAGGCCAACGGUACGUGAAAUUAAGAUGGGACAUAACAAAAUCGAAGUUCUACUGGACAACGGUUUAGCAUCGUUGCUUCAUCUGAAGCAACUGGAUUUAGAUUAUAAUCAGAUUACAACAAUUGAGUCCGGUGCGUUCGCUGGCCUCUGGCACCUCGAACGACUUGACAUCUCGCAUAAUAGGCUUGUCGCUCUCCCCGAAGGAUUGUUUCAGUCAACACCUCAACUCCUGGAGUUAUAUAUACGAAACAACACGCUAAACGAUCUACCGCCGGGCCUCUUCGUUGGAUUGGGCCAGCUGACGAUGCUGGACUUGGGGCACAAUCAGCUCGCGACGCUGGGAUCGCUCGGUACACCGGACUCGAGAGUUGAUCUAACUCAAUUAAAAGUGCUCGAUCUCAGCCAUAAUCGACUUACUCGGCUAGAUGCCAGUACGUUCCGUGCACUAGUUAAUCUCCGUGCACUCGAUUUGCAAGGCAAUCUUAUUGACUACAUUGGCGACAGCACGUUUUACGCGCUCACGAGACUUCAGACACUUACGCUCAGUAGAAACUAUCUGAAAAUGAUCGGUCCACAAGCGACCAUUGGACUAAGCUCGAUGGUGGCAUUUCAAUUAGAUAAUAACCGGUUAGAGAUAAUUCACAGAGACACAUUUAAAAACACCUCGGUCUUACAAGAGCUCAGUCUUGCUUUUAACAGACUUAGCUGUAUACCAGAUGACAUGUUAUCGUUGAAGAUGCUACGUUCUCUUGAUCUGUCAUUCAAUGGCAUACGUGACAUAGCCAACGCCUCGUAUCAGGGUCUGAAUCAAUUGUACGCACUAAAUCUGAUGGGCAACAAGAUUGGCAACAUCAGCCAGGGUGCAUUCAACAAGAUGCCCGCGGUACGCAUACUAAAUCUAGCUAACAACAGAAUUCAAGCCAUCGAGCAAGGUACGUUUGACAACGUAUCCAGUCUGCACUACCUUCGUCUCGAUGCCAAUCAUAUUGAAGAUGUGAAUGGCCUUUUCAACACUCUGCACGACCUGAUUAUGCUGAACAUUUCAAUAAACCGCAUUCGCUGGUUUGACUAUGCGCUUAUUCCGGUUGGCCUUCAGUGGUUAGAUAUGCACGACAAUCAAAUUGAGGCACUCGGAAAUUAUUUCAAUUUCGAGCAAAGUCUAAAGCUGCGUACCCUGGAUGCGUCAUCAAAUAAACUUAUCGAUCUCGACUCAUCAUCAUUACCUAAUGGUAUUGAGAUUGUUUAUUUGAGGAAUAACAAUAUAAAACGUAUCCAGCCAUUUACGUUUUUGGGGAAGCAUAACCUGAGCCUUGUGGAUUUAACGCGCAACAAACUGACCACACUCGAAAUGGCCGCGUUUCGGCUUAGUAUGGUGCCGUCUAGACGGCCUCUUCCAGAGUUUGCCAUUGCCAGUAACCCGUACAUGUGUAACUGCCACACGGAAUGGCUUCAACGACUGCAGAUUCAAACGGCGGCUACCACAUAUGAGGAUUCGCGUCAGUACCCUCGCUUUAUUGAUCUGCAUAACAUCGAAUGCAGUAUAAGUUACCUCAAUAAUUUUCAACUUCAGUUAUUAAGUGAAACGAAAUCUUCGCAGUUUUUGUGCGAAUAUAACGCCCACUGUUUUCCUUCUUGCCGUUGCUGUAACUUGGAUGGCUGUGAUUGUGAGAUAGUUUGUCCGGCUGGGUGUACUUGCUACCACGAUCGGACGUGGAAUAGCAACAUUAUUGUUUGUAGCUCACGCCAACACGUAGAAAUUCCUAAAAGACUACCGAUGCAGGCUAGCGUGGUAUACCUUGACGGUAACGAAAUCGCACAUCUUACGACGGACGCUUUUAUUGGACGGACAAACCUGAAAACGCUUUUCCUUAACAACUCGAACGUUGAGAUCAUUAAGAAUGGAACCUUUUUGGGCUUACAAGAGCUCAGGAAACUACACCUUGAAUAUAACAAGAUCACUAGACUUCACGGCCACGAGUUUGACGGACUGUUCAAGCUCCAAGAGCUGUACUUAACUGAUAAUCAAAUCAGCUAUAUAAACAAUAUGACUUUUGCAAAUCUAAAAAAUCUCGGGGUUCUUCAUCUCAGUAGGAAUCGGUUAAGAGAAAUUGCCGCUUGGAGCUUCCAGCGUAAUAUGCGCCUAACGGAGAUUCAUAUGAGCAGUAACCCAUGGACAUGUGAUUGUCACUUUACAGAUCAGCUAGGAGAGUUUCUACAAAAGCACGGAAGUGCAGUUGGUGAUAUUUUGCAGCUCUCGUGCGUCUAUAACUCGACGACAACCUUACCAUUGUGGGAAGUAAACGUGACCCAAUGUCACCACUCGUCAAACAAUGUCUUCUCUAUUCAACGGUAUCGGUUCCAGCGCAUUGGUGAUUCCGUACCGAUGCCCCUCGUCGUUGGUUCACUCGUCCUACUCCUGGUAAGCGUAACGGUAACGGUAAUUUUCUAUCUACGCCAAAAGAGCCUCUGGUUAUUCGGCCGUUACGGGAUGGGCAUGUUUCAUCGUACGACCAUCGAAGAAGAGAAGCUGUUUGAUGCGUUUGUGUCAUACAGUAAAAAGGACGAGACUUUCGUAAUACAAAUUCUUGCUCCAGAACUGGAAUAUGGUAAUCCGCCUUACCGGCUCUGCUUACAUUACCGCGAUUUGCCCAUGGUUAUGGGCUACCUAAGUGAAGCUAUCGAAGAGGCUGUCGAGAGUUCAAGAACAACAAUCGUCAUCUUGUCCGAGCACUUUCUAGAAAGUGAAUGGUGCCGCUAUGAGUUCAAAUCCGCCCACCACGAGGUUCUAAACAACAGCAACUACAAGCUCGUCGUCAUCUUCCUGGGUCGAGUGUCGUACAGUGAUCUCGAUCCUGAUAUUCGGACGUGGCUUAGGCAUAGCACCUUUUUGCAUUGGGGCGAAAAAAGCUUUUGGGACAAACUACGCCAUUCGCUGCCUGGCGCACGAAAUCGUAAGAUCAUACGUUCCGACCUCAAUUCGGUGGCGGUGCACAUAUGACGCAGCGGACAACCUAAGCAGCAUGAUGUACCAAUAUACCAAACUCGACUAGACAAUUCUUGAAGUCAGCCCUUGUCUUCGCUCGAUUUGCCUGCCAUUAGCAAUCAAAAGACAGUGUCACAACCGAGACCUCGAUAAAUCGAGCCGUCGAAUUAAAUCGCCAAUUCUAAGACAUCUCCCCUACAUUGAUCGGCAUGCAGCAACAGCUCUUUCAAUAAGUGGAGAAUUUUUUUUAUCAUAUUUAAUAUAUAUUGAAUCGGUAAAUGCCAAAAGACAUACCUGUAAAAUUCUUUUGAGUUUUUUUAAGACUGACCGACCGAAACUGGGAUCUUUGUUCUUAUGCAUUCCUACUUUAACACAUAUAGCAAAUGGCGAUCAGUGUUAGCCUCAGCAAAUAGGACCUCUCAUCAGUUCGGAUAAUGGGUCCCUUUUGUCCUUAAUGAAAGCAAAUUCGGCCGACAUAGUGACGCCAAUAUCUCUUGCCCGAAACCCUAGCCUAAAUCCCCCCACGCGUAGGCGGAGUGAUCUAUUGGACUGCGUACAGAACCAAUGAAUGCUUUGAACGAAAUAACGUAUUUUUCUAGCACAAUGGCACAACGACGUUUAGGUAAAAAUCCAGACAUGUAGAAAAUAAUGUGUAAAUAACAUUUUAUUUAUACACUGUACAGUUUUAUCAUCAUUACAUAGAAUUUAUCUAGAGCAGCUGUGCUCGUUUUUAGUUCAUUACUUUAAACGAUUCAUGUGAAGUGUUGGCAGCUGUGAAUCGUUGCCAAAUUUUUCCAAGCAGUUUUUUACAACGAACCCCUUUUUCAGUACGCGAAUCCACCUUGUUCAACAUCUGGGAACCAUAGUAACAUCCGAUCCGCUGGAUUUGCCUAAUACAAACAAUUACCGAUCACGGACUUAGGCUACGAGAUUUAGAUUUAUAAAAGUUUGCUCAUUAUUCCUGAAUUCUACUAGUACUCGAUUUUGAAGCAAGCGUGAUAUGACUAUGCAGAGAAAACUUUGGUAAACUAUAUUGUUUGAGCAUUGAAGCUGGUCAUACAAGAUGAUUAGCACGCGCGUCUGUAGCGUGAGCUGAACGCUAUCACAUAGCGGAUGAAGGUUCGUAGUCUUUGGGUACGUCCCAUUCAUCGACGCGCCUUGUGUUUCCCCGCCAAUAGUUGUUUAGAUAUUGAUUAUAGUGGCGGAAUAAAUUUGUCACGUUAAAGUAAAAUACACAAUAUGUCAACUGGUAGAUGUGAUCUCAGCGGUUAGUGAUUGAUCAACAUUGGUUACGUUCAUUGACUAAGUGUAACGUGAUUUAAUUUAACCACCGUCUCGUCCGGGCCCGCAACCUAAAGGUGAUCUCCACGCGCUACCCAGGACAGCGUGCUACUUUACUAGGUCAUACCGUCUACGAUCUGUAUAUGGAAAUAUGUGACCCACUUCCAUUCACGAGGAUCGACCUCAGACUAUCGACACUUGGCAUGCAACCUAACUACUAACUAAAAGAUAUAACCGACCCAGGAAAUUUAGAACAGCGGCAGUAUUUAAAGCACUCAAUGGAUAAUCGUAUAAACAUUUUACAUUUGAACAUGCUCGUUUGACUCUGGCCAGACGCUAUCGAGGUCGAAUGAGAAACUCAUAAAACCUUAUUAUGAUAACCAGUAUAAAAUUUUUUUUAUUCGUUCAUUGAAAGAGACUGACACACGGUAGGAGUACGUUUCGCUCACUACGUCGUGCGUAAACCCACCUGUGAUGAGGAUGAUGACAAGACUGACUGAGAAAUGACGAACAGAUCUGUACAAUAUAUGAGGAAUGUACAAAAAAAAAACAUGUUUGCAAUGGACAUACUGAUAUAUAAUUAA